CUUUGCUUCUCCAUUGUGACCCAAAUCUAGUAUGCCUGACGUAAAUUAUUGCUCGAAGCACGUUGCGCGCGGAUUAUAUCCUUUUUUUUUCCGCUACUCUUUAUGACCAAGCAGUAGCUACAUAUAUCAAGAACAAUCACUAUCGAAAGACCAUAUGCAUUUGAGCUAGUCAUGGCGGAUUACAUUCGAUCAAAGCCAGUCCCCAUCACAACGGGUAUCGUCGCUAUUGUAUGCCUCAUCCUAUGGUUAUCUGCUAGGGACAAACAAUGGCCAAAUCUGCAACCACAAGCCACAAGACUACGUAGCCCUGCCAUUCGCAGAUCAUUAACUUUCAGAAUUUCCAACAUACCGCUGGAAGUGACCAGAGACAAACUUGAAGAUAUCUUGACCAAGCUACCUAAGACAACCGAAACUGGUCAUGGUCAAUCCAAUUUGCUUCGCUUCUCAUAUUCGCCCGCUGCAGGCUCCAUGCUUGCUAAACGUUUUGCCGUAGCCACUGUUACUUUUGCAGAAGCCCCCGAUUUGGGCGAGCUGGAGAAAUUCCUCAAAAAGACGAUCGGAGAUCGUGAUACUGGAGUGAUCGUCGACUUGGACUUUUUUGGUCUAACACCAUUAGCUGACCCUUUGCAAAAUACUUUUGUGGACAUUAUCGCAGUGACUGGACUCUCUGGUCAUGCAUUUGGCUCUUGGCAACCCAAAAGUAAACCCGACAUGUGGCUGCGAGAUUUCCUGCCAGGAUCUAUUCCGAAUGCAAGAGUAUUGACAUAUGGAUAUGACACCAAAUUACCUGGAAGCCGAUCUAAAAGUUCCAUCCUUCAACUCUCCAGAAAGUUACUUGAGUCUAUCAAGACAACCCGGGAUGAAAGUACAAAACAUCGACCACUUAUUCUUAUUGGACAUAGUCUUGGUGGCCUUGUCGUGAAACAAGCCCUGGUACAAGCGUCUGAAGGCAGCGAAGACGAUCUAGCUGUUUUUAGAUCUUGCUAUGCCGUUAUGUUUUUUGCUGUUCCUAACAGAGGUCUUGACAACCUAAACUUGAUGUCUAUGGUCAAAGGGCAGCCUAAUGAAGACUUGGUGAGGAAUCUUGGUGUUGAAUCUCCAUUUCUAAACCAUCUUCAUGAGAGUUUCCACAGGCGUUUCACACUCAAUUCAGAGAUUAUAUGUGUGUUCGAAACUAAAACAACCCCCACAAUUGAGUGGAACUCGGAGACCAAGUCAUGGGAACGAACAGGGCCCGAAGUCAUGAUGGUUCCACAGAAUUCGGCUAUUUAUGCCGGCCCAAACGAGAAACCUUACGAUCAGCUUCCAAUAGAAGCAGAUCAUUCCGAAAUCGUCAAGUUCAGUAACGCAUCGAAUUCUGAUUAUAUCAUCAUUCAAUCGAGAAUAGAGAAAUGGGUUCAGAAGGCGCCGGCUGUCAUUCGAGACCGUUUUAGGAGAAUAAGAACGACAUUCUCGGAUCUGGAAGCCCAGUACAUUGGGGCACUCGGGGCUCCCGAUUAUACAGCAUUCAGAAACCACAAAAUUGAUAAUCCAACAUCUGGCACGCUUGGCUGGUUUUUGGAACUUCAGCUGUUCUCCUCGUGGUCCAAAGCUCAAGAAUCAUCGGUCCUUUGGGUCAAUGGAUCGCCAGGCCAAGGAAAAACAAUUGUUGCAAAAUUCCUCCUGGCCAACUUGGAAAAUUUGCAACAUAGUUUCAACCAUCGCACGACAGUUAUUUAUUUCUUCUUCUAUGGCCAAGAUGACAUUUACCGAACUGUGAGUGCCGCUGUAAGAUCACUCAUUAAGCAGUUACUGUCAACACAAGGAGCAUUUGAUGUCAUCUCUGAUAAACUCAAUAUCAAAGCCUCUACUAUAAGCGACGAAUCAGCGUGGGACAUACUAGGAGAACUGCUUCGAUCUCCGGUAUUCGGUACCGUAUACUGCGUUAUUGAUGCACUAGAUGAAUGCCAUGGUGAUGAAUCUAGACAAAAAUUACUGGAUUUUAUCAAGAACGUGAUUCAAAGUCCACUGGCAAAAAGCAAAGAAAAAUAUCCAGUUCUCAAAGCCUUCCUGACAGGCCGUCCGACAAAAGAUUUAAAUCGGGCCCUAAGACAAUUCCCAUCUAUUGUUCUGAAAGCUAGCUCUGAUGAUCUCAAGACAUUUAUCCAAAGCAGGAUUCAGGAGCUCGAUCUGGGGGAACAACACGAGGGUGAAGUGAUGAGUUUGUUGAGCAGCCGUGUGGAGCAAACAUUCUUGUGGAUAUCAAUCGUUCUAAGGAAGCUGAAGACAGCUUCAAAUUUGCUGUCCCGGGCAGACAUGAAAAAAAUGAUCAACAAUACUCCUUCUCGUCUGACGGAUCUUUACGAAAGCAUUCUCAUUCCAAUUAUACAAAGCCGAGAUAUAGCAGCGCAGAAGCUCUUAAUUUGGACCGUCUUCAGUCGGCGAGCGUUGACUUUGGAUGAGCUUGAAGAGUCUCUUGCAAUUCAAGAGACAUCGAAAAAUCAGGAAUCUAUUGAAGAAUACCGGGUAUGGCUUACAGAGAAAUCAGUUACCAGUGCCGUUGGAGCUUUUCUGGAAGUCGCUGAUGGAAAAGUCUACCUAAUACAUCAGUCAGCCAAAGAUUUCCUCCUCAAGAGCAAACUGCUAGCCGAGGCUGAGUUUUGCAGAGGCCUGCAUCCAAACUUGUACCUGGCAAAGAUCUGUAUGACAUAUUUGUGUUUUGCAGAUUUUGCGGAAACGGGACCUUGCGGAGAUUCUACGUUGCUGGAAAAAAGAUAUCGGCAAUACCCCUUUUUCCAUUAUGCUGCGCGCAACUGGCAUCGGCAUAUUAGCACGGACGAUGAUAUCAAUAUUUUCGCCGGGAUUAUUCACCGGUUGACUGAGAUAGGUUCUUUGGGCCUCUUAGCCUGGGGCGAAGCAGCCGGAAUCAUGGCACUCGAUAAAGUAGAGGAUAGAUAUGACAUUGCAACAAAAGCCAACAUUCCAUGGUUAACAGAUUUCCACUGGGAAGAUCAUAUAAUUACUGAGGAGAUGAUUCAGAGAACAGUAAGGAGUGGCAUUGGAGGUUACGAUUCUUUGAAGCAGUUCACCAAAAAAUCCGAUGUUCGUAUUACUGAAGAAGCUUUCUGUGCGGCUGUUCAAUGCUUUGACCAUGAGAUGAUUCGCCUACUGAUACAUACAUGUACUGGUGCCAACAUCACUCAAGCGAUCAUAGAGGCAGCGGCAACCAACAAGAAGUAUGGCAGGUUCGUGAUUGACUUGCUGCUAGAAUCUCGGUGCAACUUUAAGAUUACCUCAAAGUUGGUGAAACUAGCAGCAGACAACCAUGAGAGUGGUGAAGAUGUCAUGGAAAUAAUUUUACGCAAGGUCAACACAGAUAUCUCAGAGGAGGCAAUGGUAGCAAUAACGGCUGGAUUCGGUACCGAAACUAUGAAUCUCGUGCUGAACACCAGAGACGAUGUCAAAAUUACAAGCGACAUACUGUCCGCCGCGAUGAAAAAAGGAAAAAAACAUGACAGGAAAGAAAUGGUUGACUUCUUGCUGGAACACGCUGGUCAAGAUACCCCAAUCAUGGAUGAAGUCAUUAUGUUAAUUGCCCACGAUUGUUUCAGAGAUACCAUGGUGCUUCUCCUAAACCGAUGGGGAGACAACAUCGUCGUAACGGACCGAAUUUUCGAAAUAUUUAUAACAUAUUUUGAUGAUGAAAUAAUAGCGCUGCUCCUUGAUCGACAAGGAGACCAGAUCACCAUCACAAAAGGUUUUGUCAAGACUGCAGCCCUCCAUUAUGACAGGAGAGUGAUGCAAAUACUUCUCGACAAGAAAGGCGAUCAGAUCAACGUCACAGAAGAAAUUGUUAACAUGGCUACCAAAAAUCGAAACGCAGAUUUUCUAGCAUUGCUGCUGGACCGAAGAGGAGAGCAGGUAAAAAUUACAGAAGAAGUCGUCAAAACUGCAGCACUAAAUCCAAACCCCGAUGUGAUGGCAUUGCUGCUGGACCGAAGAGGAGAGCAGGUAAAAAUUACAGAAGAAAUUGUUAACAUGGCUGCCAAAAAUCGAAACGCAGAUCUGCUAGCAUUGCUGCUGGACCGAAGAGGAGAGCAGGUAAAAAUUACAGAAGAAGUCGUUAAAACUGCAGCACUAAAUCCAAACCCCGAUGUGAUGGCAUUACUUCUUGACCGAAGAGGAGAGCAGAUUAACAUUACAGAAGAAGUCGUCAAAAAUGCAACAGAAAAUCGGUACCACGAAGUGAUGGCAUUACUUCUUGAUAGAAGGGCCCACGAGAUCACUAUUACAGAAAAUAUUACAAAGAUUGCGGUGGAGAACACCAUCGGGGGUGAAAAAAUGAUACGAUUACUCCUUGACAAACGGAGAGACCAAAUUGUCAUUACAGAAGAAAUUAUAAAAGCAGCGGCAGGAAACUACUCUAUGGCUGAGGAAGUACUUAAAGUAAUCCUUGACAAGACAAGAGGUCAGGCUAUUAUUACAGAGGAUUGCAGAAAGAUUGCAGAAAGAGAAUUAAGCAAGGCUCGUCAGUUGGGCCAGCCUUUCAACGUGUUUACCAGAGAAUCGCAUUAUGAUUACAUGUAUGCAUAAAUACUCGGGCACAAUUGUUCGAGGUGAUGCUCUUCAUCCUGAACUCGCGUGGAAAGACAGAUAGGUAUAUGGGAAGGGGAAGAAGAUAGGCCCAUUAUAUGACAACUUUAGUCGCAGACAUUGGAAAUAUACUCAACAUCCUAGCUCGUUGAUUCAUCAGUCAACAGCCCCAAAAGUCUCUCCCAUCAGUUCAAUAACAGCUCCAC